AUGACCGAGACGAUCGAUACCCGAUUAUGCGAGGCCAAGGCGUUCAAGGCUCUUAUUCCAGGCCUUUUGGCGGAGAGUGAAAUUACGGAUGAUGGACGUUUGUUGGUUGACUUACAAGAAAACUGCCCCCGCCUUGCGAGCUUCCUCGAUGUCCUAAAGCGCCAAGCUGAGCAUCAUCGUCCGUGGAUGCCGGAAGAUAAUACGACCCGGUUUCCGCUCCGGUUGAAUGUGGUUAUACAUGUCGUCGGAUCUCGUGGAGACGUCCAGCCCUUCAUUGCGCUGGGACAGGAACUGCAGAAGCAUGGGCACCGCAUCCGGUUAGCGACACACUUGAUAUUUAGAGACUUCGUGCGCGCUCAUGACCUGGAAUUCUUCAACAUUGGAGGCGAUCCGGCGCAGCUCAUGUCUUUCAUGGUGAAGAAUCCGAACUUGGUUCCCAAGAUAGAGGCAAUCACCCAGGGCGAUAUAAGCCGGCGGAGGAAAGAUGUGCGACAGAUCCUGGGGGGCUGCUGGCGAUCAUGUUUCGAGCCCGGGGAAGGCAUUACGCCCUUCAAUCCAGCUGAAUGUACCGGUGCACCCCCGUUUGUUGCGGACGCCAUCAUCGCCAAUCCGCCUAGCUUCGCACAUAUUCAUUGCGCGGAGAAGAUGGGGAUCCCCCUUCAUAUCAUGUUUACGAUGCCAUGGUCGCCUACGCAAGCUUUCUCACACCCAUUGGCCAAAGUCCGCUCAACAAACACUAAAUCAUCGGUCGGAAAACUCAUGUCGUAUAUGAUAGCAGAGACGGUGAUAUGGCAAGGCGUGGGGGACUUGAUCAAUGAAUUUCGUCGUCAUGAGCUGGGACUAGAGCGACUAGAUUCUAUGCGCGCGCCUAGCCUUCUUUCUCGCCUGAGAAUCCCUUUUACAUACCUGUGGUCCCCCUCCCUGCUGCCAAAGCCUGACGACUGGCUUGAUCAUAUUGAUGUGGCUGGCUUUUCUUUCGUGUCGUCUGAUGACGAGUAUAAUCCGCCUCAGGACCUGAUCGACUUCCUCAAGGCUGGAGCACCACCAGUCUACAUUGGGUUCGGAUCGAUAGUUGUCGACGAUCCAGAAGCACUUACGCGGACUGUGCUCGAAGCUAUUCGAAUCUCUGGCUAUCGGGCAAUAGUCGCAAAGGGCUGGGGCGGUCUCGGAGCUGAUGAUAUAAGUGUCCCUGAUGUGUACUUCACAGGUAACUGCCCACACGAUUGGCUAUUUUCCAGAGUGUCAUGCGUUGUCCAUCAUGGAGGUGCAGGGACAACGGCAAUCGGACUAGCUCUGGGUCGGCCCACUGUUAUCGUUCCAUUUUUCGGCGAUCAGCCUUUCUGGGGCAUGCUUGUUGCCACCAAUGGUGCCGGCCCUGCGCCGAUUCCUUUUAAACAACUGACAGCGGAAAAGCUCGCAGGAGCGAUGCACCACUGUAUGGAGCCCGAAACUAGAGAGCAAGCAAAGGUCUUGAGCUGUAAAAUCCAGACAGAGCACGGUGCCUCAACGGCGAUGGAAAGUUUUCAUAAUCAUCUGGACAUCCGCAGGCUAAGAUGUGCUCUAUGCCCUGACCGUCCGGCUGUAUGGAGAGUCCAGCAUACAAGCAUUUACCUCAGUGCAUUUGCCGCAGCAAUCCUUGUCCACUCGAGGCAGCUCGAGCCGAGGAACAUUAAGUUACUUCGAAUCAAAUCCUACGAUACGAACCUCGAUCCGAGUGCUCCAGGUCUCCCUGGGGCCGAAAUGUUCGCCGGGUCCCUCACGAACUUUUUCACGGGCUUGGUUGAGAUGCCAAUUCAACUCGUACAGAAUUUCGCGCGGUCGCCCUCUAUCAGAUUCGCCGAGAGAUAUAGCCUCACAAGCUAUUGCGCGACCCAGACAUCUGUUUCGCCGUCAAGCUCGACAACGAUUGCUGAAAAAGCCGGGACUCGUCAACGAUCAGAUUCCGGCAUCUCUAUCGCCCCUUCUAGUACGUCGCUAAAAUCCUCAUCUAACCAGAGUGCCCUGGACAUGCCAUCCAUGAACAGCGGCACAGCAUCUUGGAAAAAUGUGUUCAUCAAUUCCGGAUACACUGGACGCCAAUUGGUGGACUGGAUCAUUGAGAUUCCUAUGAGUGUCACAUUCUUGAUGUGUCAUACAUUUCAUAAUGCUCCUCGGUUUUACCAUGACGAAACCGUAAGGGAGGCCCCGAUAGCCACGGGAGUCAUGUCAGGGUUUGUGGCAGCUGGCCAGGAGUUCGCAUACGGUUGGUACGAUGGCAUUACCGGGGUCGUGACCCAACCUCAUCAAGGGUGGAAUAGCCACGGAGCUUCCGGUCUGACAUCCGGGCUUGGAAAAGGUAUUGGGGGACUGCUGAUCAAGCCUCAAGCGGGAUUAUGGGGCUUGCUUGGUUAUCCACUGAAUGGGAUCCACCGCAGCAUUGCGAAGUCCUAUGGGAAGAAUCGACGAUGCUGCGUAGUGAAGUCGCGUAUCGCCCAGGGUAUCGCAGAAAUACAGUUGGCUUCGGAUGCUCAGCGGGCAGCUGUUUUGGCACGAUGGAAAGAUCACUAUGAACAGAAGGUGAACGCUAAGCUACAGAAGACUAGAUGA